CUUAACGACAACCACUGUUCACUUGAGCCACAACACGCUAGUUACGGUCGUGCUGAAGAAAGCAGAGGCUUUGAUUUAUAAAAAAUUGUUACCAUAAGAAGGCAUGUUUAAGAAUACGUUUCAGUCAGGAUUCCUAUCCAUAUUAUAUAGCAUUGGCAGCAAGCCUUUGCAAAUCUGGGACAAGAAAGUUAGAAAUGGACAUAUAAAGAGAAUAACCGAUAACGACAUUCAGUCACUUGUUUUGGAGGUCGUCGGAACAAACGUCAGUACAACUUAUAUCACAUGUCCCGCUGACCCAAAGAAGACUCUUGGAAUCAAGCUACCAUUCCUUGUGAUGAUCAUUAAAAAUUUGAAAAAAUACUUCACGUUUGAAGUUCAGGUCCUGGACGACAAGAAUGUUAAAAGACGAUUCCGCGCUUCUAACUACCAAUCAACCACGCGAGUGAAACCAUUCAUUUGUACGAUGCCCAUGAGGCUUGAUGACGGAUGGAAUCAAAUCCAGUUUAAUCUUUCAGAUUUUACAAGACGGGCUUAUGGUACAAAUUACAUUGAAACACUUCGAGUUCAGAUCCAUGCCAACUGCAGGAUAAGACGAGUUUACUUUUCCGACCGCUUGUACUCAGAAGAUGAACUACCAGCAGAAUUCAAGCUUUACUUACCAGUGCAAAAAAAAUAAAACCAAGGCUUAAACCUGACUGAUGGAUUUGGGGGUUUUGGGGAGGAAAAAAUUUUUGGAUUUGUUGCUGAAACAGCCUGUAAUUGCUAUUAUUCUUCAAUUAAGCUUUCAUUUGCCUUUAAAAAGGGACAUAUUCUUGACAAAUCAGUUUCUAAGAGUAUUCUGGAGCUUUGUUUUAGGCUAAUGAUUCAAUAGACUUGAAGAGCAUCUUUUGUUACUAAGAGUAAAUAACUCUAACAAUCAGUCGAGUUGUCUGAAAAUUGGAUAUUUUUGGCUGUACUGUUUACUCCAACACUGAUCACUCCACUCAUUGUUAUCAUUGUAAGUAUAUAAUUGUAAAAAAGAAAAUAAAUUUACAGUGUAUAAUCACAA